AAGGAAAUUUUUAACGUUAGGUGGAAAAGGACAAAGCACAAACUCGUUGGGCAUCCAAGCGAAGGAGAAUGAGUCCAUAAAAACAUGGUAACCGCCGAAAAUCGGAGUUCGUGAAAGACGACGAGAGGCGUUAUCUAUGGUGACGUGAGACGACCACCACCAGCUCUCCCACCCACUCCCACUCCGCCACGUGUCGUCCGAAACUUCCCUCCAAUUCCAAUCCCUAUCUGUCUCUGCCAUUCCUGUUUAGUAUUUAUCCUCUCCGCUUUGGCCUCGAACUGAUUACCACCACCACCACCUCAUCAUCAUCUUCAUCUUCUUUUUCUUUAUUUUUUUGGCCCUGUUUUUGAUCUCUGUUUUUUUACCUUUUGGUGUUCUGGAAAAUUUCUUUUGAAUCGCAAACAGAGACAGACAUGGAUCACUCUGCAGAUGCUCAUCGUACGGACUUGAUGACCAUAACAAGGUUCGUCCUCAACGAGCAGUCCAAGCACCCAGAGUCCCGCGGCGACUUCACUAUCUUGCUCAGUCACAUCGUUCUCGGCUGCAAGUUCGUUUGCUCUGCCGUUAACAAGGCUGGUUUGGCCAAACUUAUUGGGCUUGCUGGAGAGACAAAUGUCCAGGGUGAAGAGCAGAAGAAACUGGAUGUGCUUUCAAAUGAAGUUUUUAUCAAGGCCUUAGUAAGCAGUGGCCGAACUUGCAUCCUUGUAUCAGAAGAAGAUGAAGAGGCAACUUUUGUUGAGCCAUCAAAGCGUGGAAAGUAUGCAGUUGUUUUCGAUCCGCUGGAUGGUUCCUCUAACAUUGAUUGCGGUGUUUCAAUAGGGACGAUUUUUGGGAUCUAUGUGCUGAAACAUUUACAAGAACCUACUCUAGAUGAUGUUUUGCAACCGGGGAAGAAUAUGUUGGCUGCAGGCUAUUGCAUGUAUGGAAGCUCUUGCACGCUCGUUUUAAGCACCGGAAAUGGAGUUAAUGGGUUCACCCUUGAUCCAUCUCUUGGGGAGUUCAUAUUAACUCACCCAGACAUUAAGAUUCCCAGAAAAGGAAAGAUCUAUUCUGUGAAUGAAGGAAAUGCUAAGAAUUGGGAUAGUCCAACCGCCAAGUAUGUGGAAAAUUGCAAAUUUCCAAAAGAUGGUUCAUCACCAAAGUCUCUAAGAUACAUAGGAAGUAUGGUAGCUGAUGUCCAUCGCACAUUGCUUUAUGGGGGUGUCUUUUUGUACCCAGCUGAUAAGAAGAGUCCCAAUGGAAAACUGCGUGUCUUGUAUGAAGUCUUCCCAAUGUCAUUCCUGAUGGAGCAGGCUGGAGGUCAAUCUUUCACCGGCAAAGGACGGGCAUUGGACUUGGUUCCAAAGAAGAUACACGAGCGGUCACCUAUUUUCCUAGGCAGCUAUGAUGAUGUUGAGGAAAUCAAAGGACUUUAUGCUGCCGAAGAAAAUAAACUUGUAUAAUUCACAUUCUCCUAUACUAAAUACAACUUCUGAUUGUUAUUAGCUACACUAAUUUCUAAUCUUCCAUUUACCACAGAACCGUAAUGGAAUUAUAUAAAUAUUGAUGAAUAAACGAGUUUCCAUUCUCA